UGCCAUCUCGGCAGAGUGACAAAACUGACCUCUAUCUCCAAUUUGGCUCCGCGUGUUUGAAGGAAGAACAGUCCCAAAAUUAAAGCAUGUGUAUCUUGAGAUGAAGAGUAAGUCGUAAAUGAACAUGAUUACUUUUGUAUGCAUUGCGGACCUGUGGAAAUGACAGUGCAGUAGACCGCUGGAUUGUUUUCAGUUCACCCACGUGGGAGCUAGACCAACAUGGCAGCCGAAUUAUGUGGCAAUUCUUGAACUCCAAACGGAAUUCGAAGUUAAUUUCGAAGUUGUCAUUAUGGGGAAAGACAAGAAGGGUAAAAAACGUUCGACCGGCUUGACAGAAGAUAUCCUUGAAUCAAAAAGUGUUAGACCUUCAGGAAGAACGAAACAACGAAAGGAUAGACAGGGAGAAUCGGAAGACACGUUUGUUGAAGAAAAGCUAUCAAGAAAAAUUCUAGAACAGGCAAGAAAGCAACAAGAUGAAUUGGAAGCAGAGUUUGGUGUGGCUUCUGGCUCAAACAAAUCAUUAAAGACAGCACAAACACGUCUAGGUCCACCUGAGUUACAAAAUUUGGAUGCAGACGAGUUGGAAUCAGAUGAAGAUGAUGCAGCAUCAGUUGCUAGUGAACAGUUCUAUGAAAACAUUGAAGUUGAUGAAGAAGAUGAACAAGCAUUUGAAGUAUUUAUGUCAAAAGAUACACCAGCUAGGAGAACUCUGGCUGAUGUGAUCAUGGAAAAAAUUCGAGACAAGAAGACAGAAAUAGAAAGUCAAAUGUCAGAAAGAUCCACAGCUCCACAGAUGGAUGAGCGGCUUGUUGAAGUUUUCAGAGGUGUUGGACAAAUCUUGGCUAAAUACCGAUCUGGGAAGUUGCCAAAGGCUUUUAAAGUUAUUCCAUCUCUCUCGAAUUGGGAGGAGGUGCUGUAUAUAACAGAACCAGAGAGGUGGACUGCAGCAGCCAUGUUUCAAGCAACAAGGACAUUUGUGUCAAAUCUCAAUGUUAAGAUGGCUCAGAGAUUCUUCAACUUAGUGUUAUUACCAAGAGUGAGAGAUGACAUUACAGAGUACAAACGACUCAACUACCAUUUGUACAUGGCUUUAAAUAAAGCAUUAUUCAAACCUGCUGCUUUCUUCAAAGGAAUUUUAUUACCCCUGUGUGAGUCACGAACAUGUACCUUGCGUGAGGCAAUCAUCAUAGGAAGUUUGAUCUCCAAGACUAGUAUACCAGUUUUACACUCCAGUGCUGCUAUGUUGAAAAUUGCUGAAAUGGAUUAUUCAGGUGCAAACAGUAUUUUUUUGCGACACUUUUUUGACAAGAAAUACGCGUUACCCUACAGAGUGAUUGAUGCUGUCGUUUAUCACUUUUUACGGUUCUUAUCUGAUAAGCGUAUUCUUCCAGUCCUGUGGCAUCAAAGUUUAUUGACAUUUGUUCAGAGGUAUAAAGAGGAUGUAUCCAGUGAACAGAAAGACGCGUUGAUGGAAUUAUGUAGAGCGCAAGUCCAUGAUCAGAUUACCCCUGAAGUUCGUCGAGAGUUGAGCCACUCCAAGUCAAGGGAUGCAGAAAUAGAGCCCAUGGAUGUUUAAAAGACAUUUCUUCUCUACAUUAAUUGUUUACUCCUUAGCUGCAGAACCAAUUCGAAUUUCCAGAAAUGGAACUACCGUCGAACAGACUGCCCAGAGCACAUGAUUAUCCAAAAAACUGGAAUUAACCCCAAGGGUUUUGUUAUGGCGCAGAACGCUUGACAUUUAAAAAAGCCAAAGUGGUUGUUAGCAACAAUUUGUGCUGCAAAAAUGGGUCAUCGUACAUUUUAUCUCUUUCUUAAAUGUUUAUGCAAACUAUUGGUUUUGCAGCGAAUAAGUGAUGAUAAAACGGAUCUUUGCCGGAAUUGUCUCGACCAUGUGGGUAUAACAAGUCUACGAGGGUCUACGAAAUCGCUGUUUUCGUGCAUCUUUGGAAUUUCGUUAACUCUCCAACUUUUGUGAUCAAUUCAAAAAGGAGAUACGAAUACUUGUACGUGAGAAUGUUUCUAGCUUACCUAUGGAACGAUUCAAAAGAGAGUUUGCCAAUUUCACGACCUGCAAAUAGCUCUUUUGCAACCAACGAAUAACUACAGGUCACAGACUGAGAGCUUUGAAGUUAGAUGAUACUUUGAAAAUCCGUCCAAAGAUAAACGAACUCAGAUUGCCUCUUUGAGUUAGUUUUUUUCUAUUAAAAAAAGUAACUCUAUGUUAGUGUGUAGAGUGGUAUGUUGCCCGCACCGAUCAGAUCGCCGCAUUUGGGUAUGUAUCUCGCACCAAUCAGAUUGCCGCAUUAGGGUGUGUAUCUUGCACCAAUCAUAUCACAGCAUUCACAUCACACACAGGGCAAAGUCCAGAUAGGCAAUAACCAAUCAAGGAGCACUCUUUGAAAUAUUAUUCUUUCUCGUGUGCAAUGUAUCUUCACUUGAGAUCGCAAUAUAUCUUUGGUUGGGGGUCUAUUAGAGAUGCAACAGAGUUUUAGUUGCUUUUCGUGGUAAAAUUACUUGGAAUUAUACUUUUAAAGCAACUUAUUGUUGACAAAUAAUUUUGAUAUGCUCUCUGUUAGAGGAACAGGAGUAAGCGUAGUCCCUUUCGCAACCGUUAUUUGGUCUCAAAACUCCACGCGAGCUCUCUCCAACGGUGAAUAUUAGACUCUUAAUACAAUUCGUCUCGGGAUACAUCUGGACUCUUGGGAAAACAAAACUGUUUCCCACGCGACCAUACAUUAAGUGCUUUGUUAUGUAUUUAAAAUUUUCCUUAAACAAUCAUAUGGCGAAAACAUACUGUUGUAUUCGGCGCGCGGGCAACAUCUGCGCAAUCGUAUCCCAAUCACGACACAUUUGAAUUUGAUUAGGGCACAUGACCAAAAAUUAACCAAUCACAGUGCUCGUUUUGUUGAGUAAAAUUCUAGGUUUAUAACAAAUGGCAUUGUGUGAGGAGACCAAACAACAGCUGCGAGGGAAAGAACAUUAAGCGAGGCACCGAUGCGUUUGAUUUUUGCUCAGAAGUAUUAAGACAACAGACCACAAAAUACCUGUGUGAGUUCAGAUAAAUGUGGUUUUUUUUUAUUCUCUCAAGGUAAAGUAAUGCGAUAUUUUCGUCCGUUUGAAAGUUACACAAAGUGUUCCAUCUUCGCUCAACCAAAAAAAAUAACUCGGGCAUGCUUAUGUUUACUAGAUGUUACUUUACUAUAACAUGCAGGACUGGCAUCUUUAAAAUAAAAUAAAUACGGUGGCUUAAAUUC